CCCAACACAAUCACUUGGGCGCAACUAGCCGCCCACACAAAUCCCAUUUAGAGGAGAGGAGGAGCUCAAGGGAGAAUCGAUCUGCUCCGCGCCAAUGGCGAUGCCGAGGACGCCGGGCACGGGGUCGCUCCGGUUUCUUGGCCUGCUCAAGCAGCUGGAGUCGGGCCCUGACGCGCUGCCGUUCGAGCUCGACGAGCGCGACGUGGUGUGGCCGGCGGGCGGCGGACAGGACGCCCCGCCGGCGCCACCACCGCCGCGCGCGAGGCGCCGCGCGCACACGGUGCCGCAGAGCUUCGGGCUGUCGUCCCUCCUCGCCGAGGGCGGCGCGGGGGUGGCCGUGCCCGUGAGGGCGGUGGCGCCGGGAGCCGCAGGCGCCGCCGCGCCGAGGCAGUCGGCGCCGGUUAGGGUGCCGGUGUGGCCGGGGAAGGCCGCGGCGGCGCGCCGCGCGGAGGGCGGCAGGAAGGCCGCGGACGAGUCCGACGAGGAGGAGGGGGAGGAGAUGGUGGCGCCGCCGCACGUGGUGGCGGCGCGGCGCCACGCGCGGUCGUCGUCGGUGCUGGAGGGCGCCGGGCGGACGCUCAAGGGGCGCGACCUCCGCCGCGUCCGCAACGCUGUGCUGCGGCAGACCGGGUUCCUGGACUUCUGAACAACAACAAGCAGCAGAUCUCCUCAGCUCCUGCCAUUUCAGCAAGUCGCUCUAGCCUUAUUUAAUGUCUAUCGCUCAACACCUGAAUCGAAUUCAAUACAUUCAAUCUGAUUGGUUUGAGAACCCUGCCUGAUCUUGUUCAAUUUUCACCUGAUUGCUGACUGAAUGAAUACCAAAUCGGUCGCAACCAUCAAGAUGAUGA